CCCGUAGAUACCCUACCCACCGGAGAUUAUCGCCAUCCCUAGAACAAACCGUCAAUUUUUAAGCGGGGCAACAUACACGUCGAUGCUCCUAAUCGGAAAAAAAAAAAAAACACGUCCGUUCCUGUUUUCAACUGUUGGUUUUCUACCAUCGAUUGAACUUGAUUCAGUUACCCUACAAAAGUUACUAUGGAACCUCACACACUGUAUCCCACAUCCGUAGUUACUAACGAAACCAAUUAGCUCUUGAAAAUCGGUGUCUGUCUUUUAGAGAAGAAAAGCAACGCCAUGGCUCAUGGCGGCUAUGUAAAGCGGAGGGUGAAAACUGCUGCCGGCCGCCGCUCCCGCACGGGGGGAUUGGGCGUCGAGAAGAAGCCCAAGUCCGCCUCCCUCAAGAAUCAGAUUCGCUCCGUCGAGCGCAUGCUCCGUAAGAAUCUACCGCCUGAAGUUAGGGAGGUUCAGGAGAAGAAGUUAGAAGGACUCAAGAAACAGCAAGAUAUUCAUACCCGGCUUGCGGUGGAACGUAAAAUAUUUUUGCGAGACCGAAAGAUAAAGUUCUUUGAGAGAAGAAAGAUAGAGAGAAGAAUAAGACGCUUGGAGAGACUUCAACGUACUGCUGCUCAGGCGCAAGAUGCAGAAAAUUCUGUGCAACUUUCCAAAUUGAAAGAAGAUCUUGAAUAUGUUAGGUUCUUUCCCAAGACCGAGAAAUAUGUUGCUUUGUUUACUGGAGGUGACGAUUCAGAGGUUGUUGAUAGGAGAAAUAGGCUGCGUAAGCAGAUUAAGGCCAAUUUAAUUGCUGCAGCUGCUAGUGGCAAGGAUUUGGAAGAAACAGGGAGUGAGGACGACGGGCUUUUGGAUCUUAGUGAAGAUGAUUUCUUCCUAAGUGGAAGCUCAAGUGAUGAAGCAAAUGCAGAUGACGAAUGGACAGAUAAGAGUACAAGGGAACAGGCUUCCAGUGCCUCUGGGAAAGCAGCAUCUGGCAUGUCCAGUGAUGAGAGAAAUCAGAGACAGAUUUCAGCUAGAGCUUUGAUGCCUCCCCCUGGACCAUCAAGUAAUUAUCGCUCAAGUUCAACACGUGCUCAAUCGAGAUUCGGUCCUUCAUCAAGCAAAAGUUCAUCAAAACGUGCUGAAGUGUCUACAUCCUGCAAUUCAUCAAGUGGCAGAAGUGGAACUUCUUUUAAAGCUAGGGGUUCCUCAAGUUCAGGGGCAACUCCAAGUAGUAAUCUGAGCUCCAACUCUGAUGCUCAUAAACCACGUAGAAAGAGGAGGCCAAAAAAGAAAAAGCAGCAGGCAUGAGUAGAAGGAGAUUUUGCUGCUGUUACUGGUUUGUCAGUUGGCAACCCAAAGCCCAAGAAAAAUGGAAUCGGUGGAGGGGACUGUUAUUGAUGAUAUUACUUUGCGGUAAUGAUUUCAUCAGUUUGAGAUGUUGUGCCAGAUUCUUACAGCUCAGUCUUGACAUUUUUUUCUUCCCUUGGUAGAUAGUUGCAAGAAUCUAUACUGCUUUGUGUUACAAUCAGUUCAAUUCAUUGCAUAGGCUUGAUUUAUCAUGGCAAUUUGUUUCUGUUGUAACCUUGUAAUUGUACAAACUUCUUUCAGCUCAUCAGUACUGACAGUACAUGGUUUCUUAUUUGGGCGUGCUUUGAAUGGGAAGUCUAAAUUCCAGUUAGUCCAAAUUGCAACCAUACCGUCCAUACGUUUGGUAUUUGUGGUGUGCAACUAUCAGCACACAAUCUGAGUCUGAGUAAAGUCUAACACGCAUGUGUGCUAUGUAAGUGUCCUAGUAAAAGCUUGAUUGAAAUACUUGUGUAAAUGUGCAAUGAAUUAAU